GGAAGUUCAACAUGUGAAACAGACAGAGACUCAACAGAGAGCAGUCCUCACAGACAGGGUUGUGCACUUGAGUCAUCAUCCCUGUGUACCAGUUUUGAUAUCAAUGCAGCCAACAUCGGUGAUUGGCUAUUUAAAGUAACACGUCGUCUUGCCUGAGAGAUGACUCCUCCUCCUCCUCCUCCUCCUGUCCCGAAGCCUCGAGCUCGUUACAUGAGAGACAGUCUGAGCUACGCCUCCUCUUUGGAUGGAGAUUUGACUGAUGAAAAUCCAGCUUUUUCUAAUGAUGUUAACCUGAGCACAGAUGAAAAUGGUCAUCUUCCUCCUUCCGCUGGUUCGGAUCGUGGUGUCAUCAUCCCGACUCUGGCUGGUGUUGCUGACAUCAUUGCUACCAACAUUCCAUCAUUGGCUGUAGUUGCUGCCGCCAUCGGAGGCUCCGCCCCCUCCGCCCCCCCUGCCCCCCACUCCAUAGACAGCCUGGCUAACAGCAUCACCACCCACGUGCCUAGCUUAGCAGGCUUUGCUAGCGCUGUGGCUAACCCAGCUGCUGCUACAUUAAACCCCACCUCCUCCACCACACCUGUACCUGCUGCUAACACAGAUGCUUCUAACUUCGACAGCAUCGUUAGCUCAUUAGCUAACAUACCCAGUUUAGGAGGGAUUGUUAGCGGUGUGGCUUACCCUGCUAUUAGCAACAACUCGUCAGCCCCGCCCCCCUCUGCUGGUAAACCCCCCCCCCCCCUGCUGCCAAGGAUCGGAGUUUCCGGAGACCCUCACACCGAUGUCGGGGCGCUGUCACAGCUGGUGAUGUCAACUUUAGACCAGACUGCCGGAGUCACAUUAUCUCUAGUAGAGGGAGCUGCAAAGCCCACAGAUGAAGUUUUAACUCCGUCUCCUCACACCAUCGGAGGCGAAAACCCUUAUGUCACAGUGUUGGCUUGUUGGGAAGCUGAGGAAGCUGACUCUGAGUCAUCCAAUGAGGAGGAAAAUACAGGAGUUAGCCCUGCCCCCUCUGGAGCUGAUGGACCAAUGGAAGGAGAUCCUGCUUUCGUCUCGACUACAAAUACUAACAAUAUUCCAACCAGUCCUCCAGGUCGUAUCAUGCCCACUAGACCAGCCCCGCCCCCUCCUUGUCCUCCUGGCCAUUCAGAAAAGCCAGGAAAACCUGUGAAGCAGAAGAUCCCGAGAGUCGCCACUAUUCGAGUGUCGAGGAAGAAGAGGGGCAGCGGGAGUUCAGCUCCACAGAGCGCCGUGGUCCGAUCCAGCUGGCUGGAUGUCUGGAAGGGCUUCAGACAUAAUGUUUUAUGGGCGACAUUGGACGGACAGCUGAUGUCUCUUUGGAAAAAACGCACAGACCGAUUCAGUGAGGUGUUGUUUCAUGUCUCCAGUAUCACCAAUGUGAAGAAACAAGACAAAAGAAGAUUCUCUAUUUACUUCAGGAAGAAACAUUAUGACUUCAUGGCUCAUAGUGAUGAGGUUCAGGAUGGUUGGGUCACAUCUCUGCUGGCUUCCCGAGGCCAGCCAAGCCCCACCCCUGCUGAACUGCACGGACAAAUCACCAUCAAGGACCCACGGAGCCGUGCCUACGCUGCCAUCUGGGGUCACAACCUCUGGAUUUACCCCAACAGAGAGGGCUAUCAGCUGGGUAUCGCCUCCUUCUCUGUCCCCCUGAACGUGGCCACUGUCAAAUCUACAGGAAAACACUCGUUUACCCUCAUCACUCCAUACAAGAACUUUAACCUAUCUGUAGAUUCAGCAAAGGAUCUGUCCAUCUGGAUGGACAGUCUUUCCUCAUCUAUCCGCAGCGCUCUGUCCUGCAGCCAGGUGACAAUGCGUCUCUGGGAAAACCCCACCAACAAGGUGUGUGGUGACUGCGGCUCGGCAAAUCCUGACUGGGCCUCAGUCAACCUACUACUGGUCAUCUGUCAGGCCUGUGCAGGUCAGCAUCGAGCUCUUGGCAGCAACCUGUCGAAGGUACGCAGUCUUAAGAUGGACAGCAAGGUCUGGACUGAGCCACUCAUACAGCUGUUUGUUACCUACGGUAACUGGCUGGCAAAUCAGGUGUGGGCUGCAGCAGUGCCAGCGGCAGAGCAGCUGCUUCCUGAGUCAUCUAAUGAGGAAAGGUCAAAGUUCAUCCAGGAUAAAUACAGCAAAGGGCGCUACAGACGAGCCCACUCUCUGACGUCCUCUCCCUCUCUGAUGAUCCAGAGGCUACGUGAGGUGGUCUGUAGUGACAGCAUAGAAGAAACGAUGUCUCUGAUCUGCUCAGGAGCAAAGGUGUGUCAGGUAGACCCUCAGAGUCCCUCCCCCAUCCUUCUGGCUGAGAGGGCAGGUCAGGCUCUGCAGACUGAGCUGCUCCGACUCAACGAGUAUACAGAGUGCCCAACUCAUCAGCCUCAGUCAGCCAAUAGGAGACCUGACUCUGCCCCCUCCGGUGAAGAAGAGGAGGAGCUUCAUGGUAAAUUGGAGGAAGAUCGUUUUCUCUUUUCAUUAGAAAAUGAUUCAGCAGCGUGUGAUGUCCUCGACCUGCGAGAAGUUCGCUCUGUCUUCCUCAAAGAUGGACCGGCUCAUCAGUUUGAGAUGGUGACAUUGAGUGAUCAGCUGAUCUGUGCUGCUGAUGAUAAGGACAGUCUGCUUACUCACCUGGUUCAUAUACUGAAGGUGAUUCUUCCAGGAGGCGUGUCUUAUGCAGAGGUGGGCCAGGCUUCUGCAGUCAGUAAAGUAUGUGUGGUAGAAGUGGGCAGAGCCUCAAGUCAAUCUGAUGCCUGGUUGUUACUGUGGGAGGAUGGGGUUAGUGUUCACCCCGUCCACAGAUACUCACAACAGGCUCUGAGUAUGGAACUUAGCACGAUCAUUCACUACGAAAUGGUGCCAUCUGAAAACAUCAUCACUAUGGUAACCGGAGACAGGAGUGUGUCUUUGCGUUUCAAGGAGCAGCGCAGUUGUCAUUCCUGGUUCAACCACCUGCAGAGAGCUUUGACCAAUCAGAGCUUAGCUCCAAGCUUCCAUCCUGCAGCCAAUCAGAGCUCAGCUCGUCAGUCAGUGUACCCGGUGAUGGAUUUGGGAUCAAGAGGUUUGGUACCACCUGGCAUCGAACGCUGCAUCUCCCACAUCACAGCCCACGGUUUGAAGGUGGAGGGCGUGUACCGCCGUUGUGGCCUCGCUGCCAAAGUGAACCAAUUGGUGGAGGCUCUCAUGACAUCACCAAGCUCUGCUCCCCUGGAGAGUGAUGAGCAGGGUGUAUUAGAUGCUGGCUCUGCCCUCAAACAGUAUGUCCGCCGGAAGCAGAGUUUAAUACCCAACACAGAGCCUUGGCUGCAGGCCGCAGUGAUUUCAGAUGAACGCUCCAGGUUUAAAGCAUACCGACGGCUACUACAGCAACUUCCUGACAACAACCGAGCUACACUGAGUGCUCUGUUUGGACACUUCUACAUGGUCCAGGUGUUUUCUAAGGUGAACAAGAUGUCAGCUCAGAAUCUGGCUCUGGUUCUGGUCCCAUCUCUCUUUCAGACUCUGAACCAGGAUCUGCUCAGACUCACCAGAGAGUUCAUCAUCCACCACACACUACUGUUUCUGACAACAGAGGGACAGGAGAAAGAGGAGGAGGAUGAACACAUCACUGUCUUAUGAUGUUGAAGAGGAAGGAUUUUUUCUGUGAUCUGAACUCAGAUCACGAAAUCAAACACUUUUUAUCACACAUUUACAAUCUUUUAUUUGACCUUCAAUUGUUUUGGCGGGGAUGUAAGAUCAACGUUUUACUCAUGAUCAAACUGUUUUAUACAUGUGUAAUUGCAACGUUUGGUUUCAAAAUGGAAUAUUACUUCACUGAAACUGAAAUUGAUUUUUUUCUAACAAAUCAGUCCACAAUUUAUCUCUCUCUCCUUGGUGUUUGUUUCUUUCUGGUUCAAAUUGUAAUUACAAAGAAUAAAUAUAAGUUUUAAUCAUGCUCCUGCACUGACGGUGCUGUGAAUAUUUUGGUGCAGUGUCUUUACUGUAUUUUGAAAAAACCUUAUAUCUGUGUGGGUGGUCAGUUUAAAUAGAUUGUUAUAUCCCUUAAGGAUGUAGACAUUGUUCCCACUUAUAGUAAUCUUUAUAAAAAAGGUUAUAAUCCACAGCUGCAGGUUAAUUUGCAUAAGCCUAUAUAUUUGGGACAACACCCUGAUAUUGUUGGAGAAUCAGAAUUAGAGAAUCAGAAUUGGAGAAUCGGACUUGACUGGACCCUUGCAGGCUUUUUAAUUUGACCUCAAUGAUUCUCUCUCUGCAAAAUAUGUAUACCUGAUUUUUAUAA